GACUUCGACUCGUGUAUGUCUUUUUCCUCAUCUUUCUACAUUCAAACAACUCAUAUGUUGCUUUUAUGAGUCAUUUGGGGGAUUUAAUGGAAUAUCAAUAAUUUCUGACAACAGCCAGAGUCAAGACGACAGCGUGAUGCCUCUGGAGAACAGCAGGAGACUGAAAUGGCACAAAAUUCAUCAGAAAUGUGCGAAAUGCAGCUGAAUGGAGUUUCGGAGCUGAUGGAUCUGCUUCACAUCGACGUGGAGGCUGAUGUAGUGGAUGACAGACCAGGGAGAGAAGACGCACUUUACUCAAGGAACGUACUGAGGAAGCAGAGGCACUGGGAGAAGCAGUUAGCUGCAAAGAAGAGCAAGAGGAAAGAAGAGAAGCAGAGGAGGAAGCUCAAUCGCGAGCAAGAGUCAGGUACCAGCACAGAGCAUCAGUUUAGCAAACGAGUCAUGAAGGCGAUCACCAAAGAGCGUUUAGCUGAAGCUCAGUCCACAGGGCUCAAACUCUGCAUUGAUCUGAGUAUGACAGACUGCAUGUCUGACAAGGAGAUAAGCCGACUGGCUGGCCAGUUAAGACGUCUGUACGGGUCGAACAAGAAAGCAACUCGACCGUUUCAUUUGUUUCUGACAGACCUGAGAGAGGACAGUCGUCUCUACAGGGAGUGCAUACGGAUGAAUGAGGGCUUCCUCAACUACGUGAUGGACAUAACAGAGGAAAGCUGUCUGGAUCUGUUUCCCUCAGAAACUGUCAUCUACCUCACUCCAGAUGCUGAAGAAGCUUUGGAGACAGUGAAUGCAGACAAGGUGUACGUCCUCGGUGGGCUUGUGGAUGAAAGCAUCCAGAAGAAGUUGAGCUUCUCGAGAGCCAGACAGCUGAGUGUCCACACAGCGAGGCUGCCCAUAGACGAGUACAUGGUGAAGAAAGCCAAUGAAAAGAAUUUCCACUCUAAGAUCCUGGCAGUCAAUCAAGUGUUUGACAUCCUGUUGACCUUCUGUGACACUGGCAGCUGGACAGAAGCCUUGCAGACGUGGUUCCCUCUGGGGAAGGGUUAUGUUGUUGCACCGGGCGAGUUUCCAAGUGACCACAUGGGCAGAGCCAAGGCGGAGUCUGGGUGGAGUCAGGGCGGAGAGUAGGCGGGGAGGUGGGUGGCGGCCUCCCCCCUCUACUCCCCCACCCUCCCUCCACCGCCCACCACACCUUCCCCCGCCCGACGAGUUCUUCGAGUCUCCACGAGUUCUUCGAGUCUCGACAGGUUUUCCCGAGUUUCUUGAGUUUCCACGAGGUCGGAGGCAGAACAAGUUGUCAUGAAGAGGUGUUGAAGUCAGCCAGGAUGGACUGACUUUUUACAGCGACUAGAAGGAAGACAACUAGAAGAGCAGGUCUUUAACCACCAUCCAUAAAAUCCAUGGAGUCGCUCCAGAGAAAUGAAAGAAGGUCAACUUUUAUCAACCUCCAUCCAGAUGUUCAACUCGAUAUCUUUGACAUUUUUAGCACCACAAACCUUUAGUAUCACACUUUAUUAUCAUUUAUUAGGACUUUAAUGGAAUCCACUAGCAGAUUUACUUUUUGUUGACAAACUUUAUUCUUGUCGUCGUGGGACUGCAGUAUUUAAAACUGUUCCUUCUAUUUGACCUCAUGUUUAUUAGUUUCAGUGGAUAAAGUUGGAAUUGUCAAUUAGUCUCUUAAAAACUAAAUAAUAAAUUGGAUUAGUCAAGAGGUUUAAAUUUCUUACUUUGUCAUAUUUUAAAUAUGACAAAAAAAUAUAAAAAUAAAGCAUCUUGAGA